AUGUCUGGAAUGACGGCUGUCUCUGCUCAGGACGCUUGCCCUCCUGCAGGCCCCUACUCCCAGGCCAUCCGCGCCAAUGGCCAGAUCUUCGUCUCCGGCCAGAUCCCCGCUGACGCCUCUGCCAACUUGGUCGAGGGCAACAUCGGCGAGAAGACCCAGGUCUGCUGCAACAACAUCAAGGCUAUCCUUGACGCUGCUGGCUCUAGCGUCUCCAAGAUCGUUAAGGUCAAUGUCUUCCUCACUGACAUGGCCAACUUUGCUGAGAUGAACGCCACCUACGAGAAGUUCUUCACCCACAAGCCUGCUCGCAGCUGUGUUGCUGUUGCUCAGCUGCCCAAGGGUGUGCCUGUCGAGAUCGAGUGCAUUGCUCUUGAGUAA